CGUUCCUUAAUUUACAAAACGCAACCUUGUUGGUCAAGGUCACUACAAUGGCGGCCCCCACGAAGCGUCUGCUUUCUGCUCUGUUGAAACAAAACAAUGCUUUUUCACGUCUGUCUCAGGUCUCAGUUGGAAAGGUUGCAAGUGCACACUAUGGAAACACAGACAGGAAUUAUGUGACAACUGCCACUAGUACACAGUUUGAGUCUCUAGCUCGAUAUGGUGGGCGCCAUACUGUGACGCUGCUGACUGGGGAUGGGUGUGGGCCGGAGCUACUGGGCCAUGUGAGGGAUGUCUUCAGAUAUGCAGGUGCCCCCAUAGACUUUGAGAUUGUGGAGAUCAAUGCUACUACCACUGAGUUGGAACACAUGCAGGGGGCCCUACUAUCAGUACAGAGAAAUGGGGUGGCCAUUAAAGGCAAUAUUGAGACAAAAUUUGAUGAUCCAACAUUUUCUUCAAUGAAUGUUGCUCUAAGAACCAAGCUGAACCUGUUUGCCAGCAUUGUCUGGUGUAAGAGCAUCCCUGGCUUCUCCUCUCGUCAUGACAACCUCGACAUCAUCCUCAUCCGAGAAAACACAGAGGGGGAGUAUACCUCACUCGAGCAUGAGAACGUACCUGGUGUGGUGGAAAGUCUGAAGAUCAUCACAGAGGAGAAAUCCAGCCGUAUAGCCAAGUAUGCCUUCGACUUUGCCGUCAAACAUGGCCGCAGGAAGGUCACAGCGAUCCACAAGGCCAACAUCAUGAAGCUGGGUGAUGGCUUAUUUCUCGAGUGCUGCCGUAAUGUGGCCAAGUCGUAUCCUGAUAUUGAGUUUGGUGACAUGAUUAUUGACAACGCAAGCAUGCAGAUGGUGUCUCGGCCGCAGCAGUUCGAUGUCCUCGUCAUGCCCAACUUGUACGGCAACAUCUUGGGCAGCAUCGCCUCCGGACUAGUGGGCGGGGCAGGGGUUGUGCCUGGCAUGAACAUAGGAGAAAAAUAUGCUGUCUUUGAAACAGGAACCCGAAACUCUGGCCGCACCUUGAAGGGCAAGAACAUCGCCAACCCGACGGGCAUGCUUCUGGCCAGUUGUGACAUGCUCGACUAUCUGGGUCAUCAUCGCCAUGCCACACUCAUCAGAGAGUCCACCAUGGAUGUGCUAGGAAAGCAUGAGACACAAACACCUGAUGUUGGCGGACAGGCUACAACCACAGAGGUGAUCCAAGCUAUCAUAGAAGACCUCAAACCGAAGACAAAAACAUGGAAUGUCUUGCCCCGUCGGCCGACACAAUCAUAGCUCUUCUCUUACAACCACAUUCCUUACAUGUGAUCCAACAGACAGGAAGGUCCUCCAGUAGAGCGGCUGACCCACCAAGUGCACCACUGCACUGCAGCUACUGCAGCAAGCACCUUGCAUACAGGCCACUUGUGUAGAAGCUGCAUUUCCCUUCCAGCAAAUGUUCUUUAACUGAAUCUGAUUAUCUUUCUGCAAUAUUAUUUAUUAUUUUCCACAAAUAUUACAUGUAAUAUUUUGUACAUAUAUAGAUGUGGCAAAUAUCCUUGGAAGUAGUUGAUCCUGUGUUAUCUAUAUGUUUUGCUCAAGUGUUGGUCAGUCACAAAAGAGUGAAGAUAUGCACUCUCUUGCAAUGAUUAUUUUCUGAAACACUUUGAAAACACAUAUUCCCAUUUCUUUUACUAUUUUACAAAAUGGUAACAAAAGUGAUUAAGGUAUUAUGUGUCUUUGGACUUUAGAUUAUCAAAAACAACAAUGUCAUUUUGUCACACCGUCAUCAUUCUUUGUAAAUAUUUACUGCUAAAAUCGUUUGCUUGUCCUCAAGUUAAAGUUGAAUAUGCGUUUUCAUUGUAUGUCAUGUUGGGUAAUCAUUGGAAUGUGAUGAUGGGAGAAACAAUUCCAUUGGUCACAGUCUGUGUAAAGCAGAAUCUCAGUUAAAUAUUUGAUGAUACUGACUCUAAUGACGCUCUGCAAUCCUUCAUUUGUGAUGAAAACAAUCUGUGAAUACUGUUCGUACUCAGCUAAUGAGGCUAUUUGUACCAGUGUGUAUUUGUUGUACAGUCUUGUGUGGAAUAGAGACGUUAAGGACACCUGUUUCGUUAAUAAACAUGUUGACAAUGUA